AUGGAUCUCCUGAAGAAGAGUUUGGGAUUUCAUUUUGCCAUGCUGGACGGCUGUAAGGUAGUCAUGGACAUCUCUUCCUCUUUACGUGGCUUAACACGCUGCCUGGCUGGAGAGGCCGCCCUUCCCGCCCGCUCUUGUCCCGAGGAGGAAGCAGUGCCGGGAGGGGGAUGCUCUGGGUGCGGUGGACAGCUGUUCCCUAAGUGUUGGGUGGAUGUCCCUGUGCUUUAUGUGGCCACUGAAGCCAUCCUCAUCGCAUUGGUGGGUGCAACUCCUCCCUACCACUGGGAUCUCCAAGGGCUCUCAGCUAAUCAGAGCCAUGGCAACCAUUCGGAGAGCGAGCAGAGAGCUUUUGGGGAAUGGCUUCUGACUGCCAAUGGCAGUGAGGUGCGUAAGCACGUACACUUUGGCAACAGCUUCACAUCCAUAGUCUCUGAGUGGUUUUUAAUUGGCAAUGCAUCGUACAAAGUCAGUGCUGCCAGUUCUUUCUACUUCAGUGGUGUGUUUGUUGGAGCCAUCUCUUUUGGCCAGCUGUCCGAUCGCUUUGGGAGGAAGAAAGUCUAUCUCACAGGUUUUGCUCUUGACAUUGUGUUUGCCAUUGCAAACGGAUUCUCACCCUCGUAUGAAUUCUUUGCCGUUUCCAGAUUCUUGGUAGGGAUGAUGAAUGGUGGGAUGUCACUGGUAGCCUUUGUUCUACUGAAUGAGUGUGUGGGUACAGCCUACUGGGCAUUAGCAGGUUCUAUUGGUGGCUUGUUCUUUGCUGUUGGAAUAGCCCAGUAUGCUUUAUUAGGGUAUUUCAUUCGUUCCUGGAGGACUCUGGCUGUUGUGGUUAAUCUGGAAGGAACAGUCGUCUUUCUUCUCUCUCUAUUCAUUCCUGAGUCCCCACGCUGGCUCUAUUCCCAGGGCCGUCUGAACGAGGCAGAAGAUGCCCUCUACCUCAUUGCAAAGAGGAACCGCAAGCAGAAAUGCACUUUUUCAUUAAAACUCCCAGCAGAGAGGAGCUCCAGAGAGGCUGGCAGCUUUCUGGACCUGUUCCGAUACAGGAUUCUCCUGGGACGCACCUUGAUCAUGAUGUUCACCUGGUUUGUGUGCAGCUUGGUAUACUAUGGUCUCACCCUUAAUGUGGGUGACUUAGGUGGAAGUAUUUAUGCCAAUUUAAGAAUUCAGAGGAUUCAUUACUUUGCAACCCACAAACCUAAUGCAGAAUGUAAGCCUUUGUUAUCUUUGCAUAUCAGGUUUGGUCGGAAGCGAACGUUGAGUGCUUUUCUGUUCCUGGGAGGAUUGGCUUGUCUUAUUGUCAUGUUUCUGCCUAAGAAGAGAGAUACUGGAGUGUUUGCAGUGGUGAAUAGUCGCUCUCUGUCUUUGCUGGGAAAACUGACAAUCAGUGCUGCUUUUAACAUUGUCUACAUCUACACAUCAGAACUUUAUCCCACAGUCAUCAGGAAUGUUGGAAUGGGUGCCUGCUCCAUGUUUUCCCGUGUUGGUGGAAUCAUUGCGCCUUUUGUCCCCUCAUUGAAAUCUGUACAGUGGUCUCUGCCUUACAUUGUGUUUGGAGCAACUGGUCUGUUGUCUGGGCUCUUAAGCUUGUUGUUGCCAGAGACCCUAAACAGCCCUUUGCUAGAAACUAUUUCAGACCUGCAGGUGUGCUCCUACUGGAGGCUGGGUGAUGAAGCCAUGUCACUGCAAGCCCUAGAUGGCUCACAGUCUGGAGACAGAGACAGCUCUACAGGGAGUGGAAGUGAAGAUGAGGAGUUCUAUGAUGCUGAUGAAGAGACUCAUAUGAUCAAGCAAUGAAAAGAAGAAAUGCUGGCCUAUUUUAUGCCUCUUCUUGCCCAGUCAGUCCAGCUGUAUGACAAGUACUGGGGACCUUGCUUGCCAGGCAGGCUUGGGCAAUUGGGCAAGUGCCUGUGUUUUUCUUUACUAGGAGAGGGAUUUGAGUACUGUUCAGACUGAUGACAUCACUGAUGCUCUCCAUAUGAGGCAGUCAUUCCAAUUCUUGUGGUUCAGAAUGACAGUGCAUGGACUGCAUUUGAAGCCAGGUGAGACAGCAAGAGUGGGAUGAUGUAUUUCAAAAGCCCUGGAAAUAACCUAGACUUAGACAGAUCAUCAGUGCACGUGUGUUAGUAUUUUAUUUUCAAGGUGGUGGAUUUUGUUUCAGUACAAAUUGGUAAACUUGGAAACAACCACUCUACUUUUCCAUAAGGGUGAAACUGCUGUGUGCCACUCCAAUGGGAACAAAUUGCUGAAAUUGUUUGUUAAAACGACUUUUGCAUAUUCAGUAGAGGAGAGGCAGCUGUGAACAAAAGGUUUCUCUGUGUGCACACCUGUGCAGAGUUACAGGUGCAGCUGGUUAGUCAUGAGCUGGGCUUUAACUUAGUGAUAAUGGAAGGCUGGGAGGAAGGACUACACAAAAGAGCAGCCACAAAGCCUGCAAACAUAAGGAACAUUACUGACCUUUUUCCUUCUUUUCAUACACAAAGCUUUUUCUUGGGCUGUCUUGUGCAUGUGUUUGCCACAUGUUCCCCACAUCUCAGCAUGGCUGUUUAUAGCUUUGCCUACUUUUACCUUGUCCUCACUUUGCCAUAACUAUUGAAGCUCAACAACUUCUCUGUGGAGUAAUUCUGUGAUGGAUAUUUCCUGGGUGUGACAGAGGUGAGGUAUUUAUCACAUACUGUGUGUGUGGUGUGUUAGAAUGUAUAGCUUACUUUUGCUGACCUAUCUGGGUCUUUAUUUCUGGAAAAGGCUUAACUCUGAAGUGGUAAGAGGAACUGUGGGGUGCUGUUACAUUUUGGGUGUUAUUGUCAGCUGCUAGUGUUUAUUUUAAAAUCUUGUGUGUAGCUAAGGUUUUCAUUUAAAAAGAAAGCAAAUCUCUCUGGAUCUUUUUGGUUACUUGAUGUUUUUUAAACAGUGCUUGCUCAAGCACUUGGUUACUUGACCUUGUUAUAGAAAGCAACUUCACUUUCCUGUUUUCACUGUACUUUCUUGUAAGUCCUUCAUUAGAGGGAUAUGAAAUCCUGUAAUAGGAAAGAUGAAUAUGUGAAAUGUUCCAGCUACAAAAAUGAGGCCUUACAAGGAUUCAGUUUUCUUGAUGACAUUGUCAUCUUCAUCCUCUAGCCUGUGUCUUUCUCUUUGUUAAGAUUGGUUUCCAUGAAAUGUUAGCCUUCCUACUUUGAGUUCCUAGCCAAGUGCCACACAAUGGCAGCAAAUAUAUUUUCAGGCUCAUGAGCGCUUUUUGCAUAUCUUAGAAUUAAAAAAGUUGAGUCCAAAAAUAUCAAAAAGCUGUCUGCUGAAUAUUUCCUGGUUAAACUGGGAUGUUCCUUUACUCUGCAAGGAAGUGAAAGUAAACAGCAUCUGAAGUUUGCAGCUAGCUGCUUGAACUUUGUUCACUGGGCACUGUAAUGCUGAGCAAAGUGCAACUGCCCUGGUUUGUGCAGAGGACAGCCCAGAGCCUGCACUUUCACACAUGCAGCAUUCCACUUGGGUCUGAACUUGAUCCAGGUAUUGACUGUGAGCAAAGCUGGGAACUUUAGUCCCUAUGGACUAUCUAUAUCUAUCAAUAUUGUUGUGAUUUUUGCCUGUGUUAUGAGGGUCACUGGAAGAGUUCUCACUCAUGGUCUUACCUUCUUUUUUUCCACCAGACUAUUGAGUAGAUGUUGCACAUGUGGCACUUUUUAACCCAACUGGGUGGUCUUUCUGCCUUAUUUGGCCCUUUUGUGUAUAAGAAAAUUUAACUAAAUAAGGUACUCAGAAAUAGUUAGAAAAGCUGAAUCAAUUCAAAUAUUUUUAAAUUUUUUACUCACACUUUAAUUUGCAGACAGCUGGGAGAAUGACUUUUUAUUGCCGAUGGCAAACAUCAGUAAGCCUGGCAGUAUUAACAUGUUGCCAAGAGCCAGCAGGCUCUUUUAGGUAUUUUUUUGCCUCUGUCCCUCUUUGGGUGUUGGGUAGAAUAAGUCAUGAACUGUCAUUAUCUGCUCCUGGCAACCCUGUGUAAUGCCACAAGACCCUCAGUAGAAUUUUCAUUAACAGUAGGAUGUUGUAACGGUUCAAGUGGAGAAGAUUACUCUUUGCAGGACCUGAGCUAGAUUUUGUGAAUCUUCAACUAAAAAUUAAAUUUACCUCACCACUCAGGCACUUUUACAUCAUUGGUAUGUAUAUGUGAAAUUGUAAAAACAAGAGUGAAGACAAAAUUAGCAGGGUUUUUUUUAUUUUUUUUGCAUAGGAAUUGCUGCUCCUUUUUUAACCUUAAAUCUGUCUCAUGUUUUCACCUUUGGAAUUUUAAAGGGAAUAUUUAAAAAGGAAUUUUAAAUCUUCUAUUGUUACUUUCCCAUAUCAGUUAAUUCAGAAAGUUUAGAGAUAAUCCCUGCAGGAGGAGCUCAGCAAUGUAGUAUCAGACUUUGCUUUCCAGCUUUGUGUUCUGAAAUUCAAAUCCAUUAGGUGCAUUAAGUUUCUUUCCCGAGGCUGUUCAUUUUUUAGUAUGAACUGGCCUUCUGGUACAGAAACCUGUAGGAUCACUUUUCUUCUUCCCCAUGCUAUGUAAUGCUUUACAAUAUUGAGAUUGUUGUAUCUCAGUGUCUGGGUAGUAAGUUUGCCAUGAGGAGCUACUGGAAAGCAGAGGAUGGAUGAUGCAGCACUGGAUACAUCAGUUUACUGCAUGUUGUAGUGCUAUGAGUCUGAGACCAGGAUCCUUGCUAGAGUUUAGUGCAGUAUGAUAAUCUUCUGCCAUGUUUUUUGCUGGAGUAGCCAGUACUGUUAGCUGUUUUCAUGUUAUGCAGGCACUAAGGUACCACUUUUCCAAAGAUGGAAUUUAUUCUCUGGAUUCCUUUGGCUGUGAUUUUUUUUUUUUUUUUUAUUUUCCAGGUAGCUCACUUAGUGGGAUUAUGCUAGAGAGGAGAGAGUCUUUCCCAUGGUGCUGAUUAGUCAGGUCUCAGCAGAAUCCCAAACACACCUCACCUACCUGGGGAGCUCACAAGAGAUAAGUGAAUACAGCUGAGAGUGAAGGAGAGUGACAGGUCAUGUGAGGCAGCAUGGAGGAGAAUGAGCUGGAAGAAGUGAAAAAAAAAAUAAAAAUGUAGGAUUCAACUGAAACACUCUAGGGUGAGGGUAAGUGAAAACACAAAACACCAGCUGUUGGAUAGAAAUACCCUUCUUUCUCCUUGUCUUGACUUGAAGCUUCUGCUUUCAGAGCUAGUAUUGGUUCCAGGAUGUCAUAUUGGGGAUAUCAGUUUCAUAAUUUCCUUUUUAAUAUCUGUUGUGUCCAGCACUGCCUCUUCUGUGAUGAAACGUUACUUUGGAUCAAAAUAAAAUGUGGCCUGCCUCUUUUAUUUUGGACUCAGCUUCUUUAUGAAAUGGCAUUGCACCAAAAUAAUUAAAAUUGGAAAGCUCUGUUUUGGAGAUUGUUGUAUAACUGGUCAUUGUGGCUUAAUUUGCCAGUUUUCCUUUAGGACAGGAACGUUAGAAUUAUUUGUUGUGUUUGUCAUACAACCUCUUGUGAAAUUAUACUUCAGCCUUCUGAAAGGAUUUUAGUACCUGGCUUCUUUUGGUAGGCUGAAGAGAAUACAAUACAAGAGUGAUUUGACAAGUUUAUUUUUUAAAACUUCUCCUGAAAACAAAGCUAGCGCUGUCUCUUUAGGAAUUGGGAAAGUGCUGUUCAGAGACCCCUGACAUACCAAAAACUUGAAGUUUUGCUCUGUGUUACAAAUGAAAAAAAUAAAAGGAAGCUCUGUGUUAAAGGAGAGCCAGAGAUGACUCUGUUCAGGUCAGGAUGCUGAGUGAAGAGCCUCUCCAGAGACACCUGACUAACGCGGAGCAGGUUGUAGCUUGUUUCCACCGUAGUUACUGUCAAGGCUUUAAGGAUGGGAGCCCCAUGCUUGUCAGCUCAAAGUGUGCAAUCUGUGGCAGCAUUUCCAAACUCUGUGGAUGUUCUGAUGUUAGUUGGAUAUCAUUUACAGAACCAUGAGGAAUGCAGUUGAGCCAUGCAUUUUACAGUGUAUUUCACCUCAGCGUAUAAAAGCAGUUUGCAAGAGAAUGUUUUUCUUGUACUGAGGAAAAGGGGAAAGUGAAGAAUUUUUCUGGAGUGUGUUAAAGGGAACAUUUGAGCUAAAACGCUUGUUCCUGAGUCUUCUGAAUGCAGAUAAUCAUCACCAAAUGCAAAUUGGGUCAGUAGUAGUUUGUUUUAGCUGAAGGUUAGUGUGCUAUUUAUCCCUUUUCCCACCCUGUGAGAGCUUACUGGUCAUGCUCUUCGACACAGCUGAAUCUGUGACUGCAAACUGUGAGCCUUGCAGUAAAGAUGUCAAAAAAGCCCAAGAGCAGUGCUGUCAUUUGAUGGUACAAGUUAGUCUGGCCUGACAAAAUGCUUGUUUCAGAAAUGUCUAUAUUCAGCUUUUACCAAACCGGAGACUUAGGGUAUAGCUGUAUUUUGAGUCUCAUUCAUUGUAUCUUACUGCAAGAUACAUGGUAGAAAGACACCUAGGUAAGAGCACCUCUCUGGCAGAUCUAAAUGUAGAAUUGGAGAGUGAACAAAUUUUAUUCCUAUUUUUUCCAUGCUAUGUAUUCUAAUUUUUAAUUUUAUUUUAAUUUAAUAUUUAACAUCUAUUGUAGCCUUCAGAUUUUCCAGGUGCUAAUAUUAUUUAAGGCUAAUAGAGCUGGGUGUAAAACUUCUACACAGAUAGUCUGAAUAUACUGAGCUUUCUCAUCUUAAUUUUGGAACUGCUCUCUGUUUCUGUCAUUCUGAAAAAUGCUCUUGUAUUGCCUAAUAGGGAACAGGGAAUUUUUUUAUUUAAUUUGAAGUGCCUGUUUUAUAAAGGGAGUCUUUAAUUUCCUCAGUCAGUUUUAUAUGGGACUAUGUGUAAAGUAGCAUCACAGAAUUGGAUUAUAUAAGUGCCAAAGACAGUUUUUGCUGGAAAGCAAUAGUCCAAAACUAGUUCUAGCUGCCUUCAUUUAGAAUUUAUCCAUGCAGAACUGGUAUUUACAAGCAUCCCUGAAACUAUAGGGACAGAGAGUUACCUUUGUUUGCUUGUCUUUCAUUGCUCAGUUCACUUAAGUAGCUUUUGUUUCUGAGAAACCAAAGAAAUUAAAUGAAGGAUUACAGUGCUGGUUUUGUAGAACAUUCAGCAUUUAUACCAUGUAGCCAUUAUGGAAAAAUCUAUAGAACCUGUUUCAUUCUGAGUUGCAAAUGUCAAAGUUUAGGAGUGAUAAAACCUGGUUAAAAACUGCACACUGGAAUUUUUUAGUUCAUUCAUCAGUCUUACAAAUUAGCAUUGGUGGUAAACAGUUUGCUUGGAGCUUCAUGGGAUCUUGCAGAUUUUUAUAAAAUGCACUCUUUGAGGCUUUGCAAAAUAACAAUGUAUGGAAUUUAAAUCCCUACUGCAACUAAUAUUCACUGCAAGUCAGCCUUGUCAUGGCUGCAUGUUUGUCAGCAAAAAAAGCAGGUGGAUAAAACUUGGUGCUGUAAGGGCUAACUAGGCCCAGAAGAAAGAUUAUUUCUUUCAAGCCAUUCUCUGCUAUGUGUACAGAAUAAAGGGGGACCAUGGGGUGUAUGCAGCAAGAUUGUAGGAUGGAGUAUGUUUAAAUACUUCUCUGUCCUCAUUCAGUAAAGGUUUCUAGAGGAAAUCUGUCUUUAUCAUGCAUGUUACUGCUUCCCACCAACACAUCUGAGGUGCUCACAUAUACACCUGGCAGGAGCCAGGCAAAAAGUAUAGUGGUAAGAAAAUCUUUGCCAGUAUUGAAAGUUGUAUUUACUUUAAAAUAUCCUGGGAGAGGUGUCUGAUACAUCUGUUUUCAAAUAAAAUGUUUUUAAAUUGUGGAAGCCUAGUUGGGAGACAGGCAUUUCUGAUGUUAGUCUGUAGGAAAAAUCAGUUUUGCAGAUACUGAUGAAAAUUGCAAUAGAGCAAACAGCUGCAGGUGAUUUGUGAUGAGAGUUGUGUAUGCUUUGAUUUCAAGUAUGCCUCUAAAAUACUGGUUUCUAGUACUUUUACUCCUCAAAAUCCAACCCAAAUUUUAUUUUUUUCUUGUUAAAAUUUGCAUAAUGUGGAAAUAGGAAUUAUAUUUUUCAUACGGAUACUUUUAUUGUAUUACCUUUGCUUCCUGAAUCAAAUAGUAUUUUGAUUUUUUUAAACUACCUCUUUUAUGUUGAGCUCUUUUUUUUUUUGUCACUUUUGUAUUUAAUUGAUUUGGGGAAACUACAAAAUAUUUCCUUUUUUAAUUUGUGUGGGAAUCCAUGACUUAAAGUCCUCGAGUCAUCCUUUUCUAAAGGUUUUAUCAAAGGCCUUUUAAAUUUAGUUAAAAGAUUAAGAACUUUCAAGAAGCAUCAUAAUUACACAGUUAGAACAUGGCUUUUCUGUAUAUAUUGUUUGCCUUUACAAGGGACAGAAAGCCCUUAAUUUUAUACAAAUGUCAACUGAAGGUGUGACUUUUCAGGGGCAGUAAGUUUUGAGUCGGGGCUUUAAUCAGUUUCAUUUAUUGCCAGUUAGAGUUUUUUGUUACUUCUUUGGUAUUGGAAUUAAAAAUGAAACCACUUAAGGAAAAUACUGCUGCUUUUCUCCAGACACUGGUCUUCCUUCUCUUUCCCCAUGCCAUCUUCCAGUUCCCUGGCUGCUUGUCAUGCUCAGUCCCUUCAGCAAGGCAACAGGCAGCACAGGAGACUGGGAUCAGUCGGUUGUGCUUCUGUUUAUUCACUGCUCUUUGUUUCUUGUUCUGCUGCUCUCUUGUGGGUUCCAUCACCAGCCACAGUCCCUUUGGAGUUGCAGCUCCUAUUGAGUAUACUCUCAGCCUCUGCUCAGGAUGAUUUUCCUUUGGUGUUUCUCCUGCUCAGCUGUCUCUCAGUUUCUCUUGUGCUGGUGUGGGCUUUCCUUUUUCCUCGUCCUGAUGUAGCACUGUGAUCUCUUUUUCUUGGCAUUUACAGCCCUGUCUUAGGUCAAGUAACUGAAACUCCUAAGGACAUAAACAGACAUUUAUAGCCAAGCUCUGUGUCUCUGUGCAUUCACAUCCUUGCUGAUUUAAGAAGACAGAACUUAGACCUCCUCUUGACCAGAGGACCAGCCAAAGGGGUAAACUAUUUUUUUUUUGCUGCUCCACCUUUCAUCAUCAUGAAAACAAAUCUUUGUGUAGUCUCUGUAUCCUGUAGACUUUUGUAUUGUUUUCCCAUUCCUGUUUAAUUUGAACUAACAAUCAAAAGUCCUUGCCAGCUGAGAGCUGAGGAACAGGAAACUGGUAACAGGGGCAGGGGGAGCAGAGUCAGUUAAAAAAUGAAGUUGUAUAUAGUUGAUGUGUGUACUGUUCAAUAUUUAAUUUGGAUUAAUGGAGUACUGAGUGUUAUGAGUCUUCCCAUGUUAAAUUGAGGACUGAUAUAUUUCAGAAGUAUUUUCUCUUCUUUGACUGUAUUAGUGUGCUGUUGUUAACUCAGAUCUGUACUGCUGGAAAGUCUGUUUGUAGAAUACUUCAUCUGAGAAGUCACAACUGAAGACAGCAUAAGCUUUCCCACAGUAGACCUUUUAUGGUGAUAUAUUCAUAUGUUCUGUGAACAGCUGUUGGAUCCAUCUUUUUAAGAUGUUCUUUGCCAUAGGUGAGGGACCAUAACAAAUGUUAAAAUAUUCAGAAUAAUUGCACUUACCUAUUCUGUUUUCUUAAUGUAUUUCCUAUGCAUACUGCCUUACCUGUAUGUAUUGUACUUCACUGGAGGUACGAAAAGUAAAUAUCAGGUUCUUAAUUUACAAUAUGUUAAAGAGUUUUUAAAAAAUUCUGUAAUAUUAAAUAUUUUCCAGUUAUCUGUCUACUAAGAGAGGGUGAUGAUGGGUAAGCCCAAGUGAAUUUAGUCAAAAGUUAGUGGUCUUCACUUUCUCUUUUAAUCUGUGAAUUAUUUCAGUAAUUUUAAAUACUUUUUUUUUUUUUAAAGAAUUUUAUAGAGGCUAACCUAUGUUAGUAAGUCAACUUUUAGGUGAUUUGUAACAGCUAUGAUACUGCCUCUCUGACUCGUACAGUUCAUCCAAUGUCUUUGUAACUUAUUUUGUGCCUUUUUUUCCCUUGACACAAAAUGUCUCAAUAAAAACAAGUUCUUUUGCAACACCACAAACCUA